AGCAGCAGCAGGGGGUGGGGAGGAGGAGGAGACCCUCAGCUUGGCUCAGGAGUGAAGCUGCUCCUCCUGGCGCGGUGCAGUCUCAGUUCUCCAACGGACCGGUAUGCAGCACUCACGCCCCCCGAGGAGGAAGUGAGCCGGGUCGAACGUGAAAGAUGCAACCGGAGGACAUGGAGGUCCCCCUCAUUAACAACCUGAACGAUAACGGAGACCGAGCCAGACCGAAGGGGAAAGAUGUGUUCAAAGACCAGCAGAAGGAGUCGGAGAGCUCCAUGGAGUCUCCGAACCUGGAGUUUGAGUACGGAGACUCGGACACCCUCAGCGCUGAGCUCUCUGAGCUCUACAGUUACACGGAGGAACCAGAGUUUGCCCUGAACAGAGACAACUUUGAGGAGGACUUCAGGAGUCACGCUAAAGGAAGGAGGUGGACUGAGCUGCCGAUGGAGGAGCAGAAGGCGUAUGUGAUGAGUCUGCUGGACGCACUGGAGGUGACAGACCGGGACAAGAGGCUGAAGGUGGCCAGGGCCAUCCUCUACCUGACUCAGGGAGUGUUUGAUGAGUGCGACACCGAGGUGGACGUGCUCCACUGGUCCAGACACAACAUCUUCCUGCUCUAUGACAUGGGCCUCUUCACGGCGCUGUUGGAGCUGCUCAGCAUGGAGAUAGAUAACAGCCAGGCGUGCAGCAGUGCAGUGAGGAAGCCGGCCAUCUCUCUCGCAGACAGCACAGAGCUCAGAGUGUUAUUGAGCAUCAUGUACCUGAUGGUGGAGACCGUUAGAGUCCAAACUGAGGACGACCGACCUGAGUGGAGAGAAGCCAGAGAGGCGUUUAAGAACGAGCUUGGCUCACCUCUUUACAACGGAGAGCCCUUCGCUCUGCUCCUCUUCACCAUGGUGACCAAGUUCUGCAGUAUGAACGCGCCACACUUCCCCAUGAAGAAGGUUCUGCUGCUGCUGUGGAAAACAAUCCUGUUUACGUUGGGGGGGUUUGAGGAGCUGCAGGAGAUGAAGGUGCGUGGCCGAGAGCGUCUCUGCCUGACCCCCCUCCCAGAGGACAGUAUCAAGGUGGUCAGAGCCAUGAGAGCAGCCUCGCCUCCCGCCUCAGCCAUGGAGCUGAUCGAGCAGCAGCAGCAGCAGCAGAAGAGAGGCCGUCGCAGCCGCAGGAGUGCCUUUGUUGAUAGCUUGGAAGGAGACAGUCCCUUUCCCAAGAAGCAGCCCUUGGUCAAGCAGGACAGUCUGGACACAUACAAUGAGCGGGACCCCUUCAAGAACGAUGAUGCCCGGGAUGAAGAGGAGGACCCCGAGGACACGGACAGCGGGAUCGAGGGUGAAGUGGACCCUCUGGACCGUGAUGUCAUCAUCCAGCCGCCACCACCGCCGCCUCCACUGAGACCCCCGACAGAAAGAGUCAAUUUCCCAAAAGGCCUACCCUGGGCUCCUAAAGUCAGAGAAAAAGAUAUCGAGCAUUUCUUGGAGACCAGCAGAAACAAGUUUAUUGGUUUCACUCUGGGAAAUGAUACCGAGACCCUGGUAGGCUUACCCAGACCCAUUCACGAGAGUGUCAAGACCCUCAAACUGCACAAGUAUGUGUCUAUAGCUGAAGUCCAGAUCAAGAAAGAAGAGGAGCUGCAGCAGUGUCCGCUGAGCCUGGGUGAGGAGGAGGUGGAGGAGACGCCUGCUGAGAUCUUAUACGUGGGAAUGCUUCCAAACCUCUCACAGUAUGUGAUUGCUCUCCUGAAGCUCCUGCUAGCUGCAGCUCCAACCUCCAAAGCUAAAACCGACUCCAUCAACAUUCUGGCGGAUGUGCUGCCUGAGGAGAUGCCGAUCACCGUUCUCCAGAGCAUGAAGCUGGGGAUCGACGUAAACCGUCACAAAGAAAUCAUCGUCAAGGCCAUCUCUGCUCUGCUGUUGCUGCUCCUCAAGCAUUUGAAACUCAGCCACAUCUAUCAGUUUGAAGUAGUCUCCCAGCACUUGGUGUUCGCCAACUGCAUCCCACUCAUCCUGAAGUUCUUCAACCAGAACAUCAUGUCCUACAUCAGUGCCAAGAACAGCAUCUGUGUGCUGGACUUUCCUCACUGCGUGGUCCAUGAGAUGCCUGAGCUGACAGCUGAGAGCCUGGAAGCAGGAGACUGCAGCCAGUUCUGCUGGAGGAAUCUGUUUUCCUGCAUCAAUCUGCUGAGGAUCCUCAACAAGCUUACCAAGUGGAAACACUCCAGGACUAUGAUGUUGGUUGUCUUCAAGUCGGCCCCCAUCCUGAAGAGAGCCCUGAAGGUGAAGCAGGCCAUGAUGCAGCUCUAUGUACUCAAGCUGCUUAAGAUCCAGACCAAGUACCUGGGUCGCCAGUGGAGGAAGAGCAACAUGAAGACCAUGUCAGCUAUCUACCAGAAGGUCCGCCACAGGCUCAACGAUGACUGGGCCUACGGGAACGACAUCGAUGCCCGGCCCUGGGACUUCCAGGCCGAGGAGUGCGCCUUGCGGGAAAACAUCGAGAAGUUCAACAGCCGCCGCUACGACAACAGCAGGAACAGCGACUUCACGCCCGUGGACAACUGCCUGCAGAGCAUUUUGGGCCAGCGUGUGGAGCUGCCCGAGGACUUCCACUAUAGCUAUGAGAUCUGGCUGGAGCGAGAGGUGUUCUCACAGCCCAUCCAGUGGGAGGGGCUUCUGCAGAAUCCGUAACGCUCACCAGGAGGAAGAGGGUAGGAUUAUACUGGAGGAUGGUUGUGGAAGGCAAAGGGGAUCACGACACGCAGCAACAUAAUGAUGGGUGGAUUUGAUGCAGCUUACACGUGCCUCUGAAUACUUGAACAUGCAAAACAGGUGAGAAGAGAAGUAGCAGCAUGAAGAACAUCUGGUUGUGGUAGCAGGACGCUGUUGUACUGCCCUAAAAACCCUUCAGUUUACACCUUCGGUUCCCUCCUUUAAUAUGUCGGCGUUUUUCUGAUUCCUUCUUGACGUUUUUAUCGAUUCCUAACAGCGCAUGUGGAAAUACUUUUAUGACAAAUGGCUUUUUAAGAAGGCUUAUUAAUCUUUUUCAAUUUUAAAAUGAAACCUGAUUAGAAAUUGUCAGCGUCUAAUUGAAAUAAAAACUUUUUUAAUACAUUUUUUGUUAUUUAAGUGACCUGACAAAUCACAGGGUUAGGGUUUGUCUGAAUGUUCAUAAAAGUCUGUGCAGAAAGAGUUUAGAAGCUAGAAUAGAAAUGAGUUGGAGUGGAAAAUAUUACACGACCUCAUAAGAAACUACUUACACAGGAAAGUUCAGGAUAAUCCGAUGGAUUCCAGGCUUCUUGGAAACACUUGGCAUGAACAAUAUAUCAUCAUUCAUUACAUCAUUCAGGGUAAAAAGUCUUUUAUGACAAAACACUCUAAAAAGAGAUUCUAUAUUGUGCUAAUUUACAUGUUGGAUAUUUUGAUGUGGUCCAUUGUUUAAAUGACAUUCUACUUUUCUCAGAACAUUGUUGCAGAUGCACCGAUUCAGAUCUUGUGGGCCGAUAUCGGGUUCAGAUUUGGUUUUAGGAUUUAUCUCAAAGAGUUUUCUCAACUUUUUUUCAGGUCACUUCUUCGCAACGAUGCCUUGAUAGACUAAAUAAAAUCAGAGUUUUUAAGUAUCAUAUUGGCUAAUUAGGCCAUGUUUUGGUGCAUCUCUAGUUGUACCUUUAGUCCCUCGCAGACUGAAAAUUCAGAAGUUAGAUCUGGGAAUGGAAACACGAAUUGAAAUUAGCCUGAAGAGGAACUCGUCUUUAACUCAUUCACUGCCAGCCGUUUCCUGAUCACUAACGGCCUUCGCUGCCAGCGUUUCUCACCGUUUUUACUGUUUUUUUUAAGAGUCACAGAACGUUGCGCGCUUGCAUGAUCUCGACACCAAAACAACUAAAACAAAGGAGACUCACCUCUUACAUCAGGAAGAAUCCGUGUGUUUCGAGCGUUAACCGUUCUUUCAUAAUCUGUUGUUGAAUUGUGAUUGGCAGACGCUUUUCUGGUUCGCGCCUCACUUUUUUUUACAGGAACGGCCCAAAGCGAUCUCCUAACACAUGGAUGUGUUGCUUCCUGAUCAUGUGAUCUGUGACGUAUGUGGAUGAAGAUCGGCUUCAGGGCUGAGAUGUUUGUUCUCUCAGCGCGGGGGCUCGUUCCGAUGCUCAAACAGUAAAAAAAAGUGCAAAUGGUGACUUUAGUCAUCAAUGGCAGUGAAUGAGUUAAAAUCUUAAUUUCUAACUCUGAUUAUGUCUGUGUCUCCUGUUUAGUGGCUAAAAUUCCUGUUCAGACUCAUUUCAGUGUGUUUCUGCAGAAAAUGAAGUUUUCUGUGUGGUUAAUUAAAUGUUAGCGCGGUAGGUAGUGUGUGUGCAGCUGAUUUAAUGAGAUACAAACCAACAGAAGUGAACAUAAAGCGCUUUCACCACUUCUCAGGAACGACACAGCUGUAUUAUUUUAGAGGACAGGAAUCUCAAAUUUUCCAAGUUGGAAUCAAGAAUUUUGAUCCCACCCCUCUGGUAGCUAAUAUUUUCUUCAUUUUUUUUCCCCCUUUUGUGCUAACUGGCAAAAUAAUUCUGAUUUCAUGGUGGAGUCAUAAAUUCAAAUUUCAGAUAUUUUACCUGAAAACGACAACCUUUCACCACACGGCACACCCAAAAACUCUGUGGAGCCUUCUGGGGAUGAUGAAUUUCAUGGAUGAUCAGAGCAGCAGGAUUUCUGCCUUUGUGUCCGCCCGUGACGAGCUGCUGUCUUCAUGGGUGUGACACCAGCACAACACAGAACCACACAGGCUUCACUCACAGCUGUCCUUGUUCUCCAUCUGGGACUUCCUACGCAGGGCUCCAGACCCAGAUAAUAAGCACACAAACAAGCACACACAAAACGCUGAUUCGGCUUGUUUAAUGUGAUUAUUGGUUCUGUUUCAUCAUGAUUUUGAUGCUCGGCCUUUAGUUCUGACCUUAAUAUGUUUCCAUCAGUGUUUUUUAUGUUGAUGUUUCCACCUCAGUUGUUUUUGUGUUCCUCCUAAAAAGAAGUCAGUUAUUUUAUUUUAUUUUUUGUUACAAAGGAUUUAUUAUAUAUAUAUAUAUAUUUCUUCUCAUGAAGGUGAUGGUUUACUUUAUGGAUUCUCAGGUUUAUGGAGAUAACAAAUAGCAACACUUUAUAAAUCUUCCUUGCCGUCAGCUAGUUCACCUGCAGAUGUUUAUUCUCAUAUAGAUGAAGCAUUAAACUUGUACUCCAAAGUUAGAUUGUGUUUGUUUCUGAUGCAUUUUGAAGUUAAAUGUACUUUUUUGUAUCUUGUGCCAAAUGUGAGUGCCAUUUCCUGAUUUCAGUUUAUUGUUGCAGCCAUAAUCACUGACAGUUUCACCAAGUUUAAAUUAUUUUAUUUUAUACCUGAAAAUUGUUCUUUCAAGAGCUAGUCACCCCUACCAGAGUCUUGAGCCUUCGGCGUCCGCCUCUGGUGAGCCUUGGGCACACCAGAGGCGGACGCGCCACACCCGAGAUUUUGAGAAGUCAAGUGGUCACACAGGACGCACCGUGCCUCUGAGCGCCUCUUGAAAAGUCGUGCGAUAGUCACAACAUCACGCGGGACUAGAGAACAGAAAGCGGGAAGUCACUCUAUUGUUUAUAUGUGAUCCGACUUUCCAUCGUGUUUUUUUGAGACUAAUUCAUUUAAAAUGGGUAAGUACGCUAUUUAUUUGAAUAUUUCAAGAUUAAUGGUACUUUAAAGUUAUCAAAACUGUGGCAGGGUUUGUGCCGUAAAGCCGUUCCACAUUGUAAUGUCUGUUGUAAAGUACUCCACAAUGUUGUGAACAGCCGCUACGUCACUAGAGAUAGAACUGGCAGCUAUCUUCAGCGCCUCGGCGCUUCUGGGACGCGGCGCUUCGAGGUCGCGGUGCUCUCUGUGUGCCCACUCUUAACUAUAGUGGCUUCUACUUAAAAUGACGACAUGGGCGCAACGCUGCGUGGUGCGUCCGCCUCUGGUUUGUCCCAGGCUUUACUCCACUCCCUGUUUGAAAAAUGCAAUAAAUGCUGUUGCCUGGCAGACUGAGAGGGUGGAGCGGCUAACCAAUACGCAUGAUAUGGUACCAGCUAACGUCAUAGUGUACCUCUAGCGGAAGCAGAUUUCAAUUCAAUGCAGUGCAGAGUUUUUACCUGACGACGGCACAACACUGACAGUUUUAGGCAGAAAAGAUCAAUUUUAACUGAGAUGCACUAAAGUGCCAAAUGUAUUGUCUACACGUGUCUACAGCACGAUUGGACAAUCAUUUAUGCUAAAUGAAUAAACAUAAGCAUAAACAUUAUAUAAUUUAACAGUAAAAAAAAAAAAGUUGAUUUGGGGAUGACUUGCUCUUUCAGUUAAAAAAAAGUUGUUUUGUUUCUCUGGUACAGUGUUUUACCAGAGAUGUUUAGCAUUCUGUGGAUGUUACUACAGUAUAUAUGUGUUUUUGUUACCAAAUCUUCCAUAUCUGUGUAGUCUGGAUAGAGGAAUUGCUGAUUUUGUUCAGGGUUAUGUGCAAUUACAGAUCUAUAGAGGCAUUAUACAAUAGAGAGACUAAUUACAACAUCUGAGUUCCUUAUUAAACUGUGUUGGAAAACUUG